AUGGAGAGCAUUAGCAACGCUGCUACCGCCGCGGCCAAGGCCGUCUGGGGAGAGAAUACCACCAAACAGGAGCCAGUAUCCGGGGUGCAGGGCGACGUUUCCAAGGGCGAGCCUUAUGAUGCCGGUAAUAUGGAGCCGGCUCGACAGGAGCAGGUUGAGAAAUCCAUGGAGGGUCGCCAUGUUGAGUCAGAACCAAUCCCGCACCCCCAAGAAGACACCACAUUUCGCCAGAGCGACACACGCGACACAGGACGGAUUCCCCAGAAAGCUUCCGACCUGAAUGACGUCGACACAACCACCCCCGCCCAAGCUAGCAAGCCUAGUGCCGCCCUUGAAGGCUAUGACUCCAGGCCUGCCGAGGGACUCGCCGCACGUCCCGUCGAGAACAUUGCCAUUAACGACGGCAGAGACGCCAGUCGUGACAAAAUCACAGAGUCAACCCCACUGGAGUCGAAGGCCCUGAGCUCAAAGCCAUUAGAGUCGGAGCCCUUGGGUUCGAAGGUUCUAGAUUCAAAGCCCCUAGAGUCAAAGCCUCUAGAGUCGAAGCCUCUGGAGUCUACAUCCUCUAUGCCGUCUACCGAGAAGAAUGAGUCGGAGUCCGAGGAAUCCAAGGGCACUGGUCAGGAGUAUGUCCGGACGACUGGGUUCGCCGCCGAUGGGGGAGACUUUGAUGCCACCAAGCCAGGAGCUGGACGGGAGGCUGACCGACUCUUGGAAGAAAAGGGCAUUCAUCACGGUGAAGAUGGGUUUGGACACGACGGCAAGGACAAGCCCAGCUUGGGCGAGCGCAUCAAGGCCAAACUCCACAAGCACUGA